AUGGAUUGUCUCAGCAGGAGGGAUAUGGAAGCUUCUGGGCACAUACACGAUGACCGCAUCAUGAUCGAGUGCGACAUUACUGUUAUCAAGGAACCACAGGUAGCUGAGGCCACCGUGGUGGUGCCUCCUUCAGACUUGUCGGUUAGCUUUGGAAAAUUGUUGGAGUCAGAGGAAGGAGCAGAUGUGAAAUUCAUUGUUCAAGGGGAGGUUUUCCCUGCCCACAAGAUUGUUGUCGCGACACGAUCAAUGGUCUUCAAGGCGCAGCUCUAUGGGCCUGUAGGGGAGGGAAACAGAGAGUGCAUAACAAUUGAAGACAUGCAGGCUCCUGUUUUCAAGGCAUUGCUUCACUUCAUCUACACAGACUCAUUGCCCACAGUGGAGGAUAUUGACAGCAAUGAAAAGGAAAUGAUGAAGCAUCUUCUUGUGGCUGCAGAUAGAUAUGCCAUGGAGAGGCUCAAGUUGAUUUGCGAGGGAAUCCUUUGUGGAAGUCUUGAUGUUGCAACUGUUGCAACCACUCUAUGUCUAGCUGAUCAGCAUAACUGCACAAAGCUCAAAGAUGCUUGCAUUGACUAUAUCAACUCGUCGGAUAGAAUAGAAGAGGUGGUGGCAAGCCAAGGGUAUCUGCACCUUAAAAGGGCAUGUCCUUCUGUCUUCGUGAAUAUGUGGGAGAAGAAGAAAGUGACCAAAUCUCAAAAAAUUUUGUAUCCGCGUUAUUGA